AUGAUCCCUGUACAGCCUUAUGAUCUGAUCCCACUCCAAGAUCCACGUUCCAUGAUCCAUGAUCCAACACAGCCAGACAAACCUGGAUCAUUGAUUGUUGCGAGUAGGAAGACCAGCUUUCUUCUCUCAUUUCUCCUCGCUGCUCAGCUGGAGCCUGUGUCGCCUAGCACACCUCGCGGUUCUCCUAUUGAGACCGACCCAGACCUUCCUAGUCUUACCUCCACUUCCACUGGAUCCCUUGACCUUAGCUCCGAGCAGCUCGGUAUCCUGACAGCAGCAUAUAAAAACAGAAACAAUGAUAGCACACAUCAGCAACUUGGGCAAUGGCCUUUUCCACACCUGUGCACUUCAGAGGUCAUGCCUCAAAAUCAUCCCCCUUGGAAGAUUCAUUAUAACGCCAUGGAAACUCCAUAUUUUCUUCCCAAAAUUUGCCUGCACAGAGAUGAGAUGACGGUGCUAAGCCUGAAAAGUGUGCAUUUUGGAAGCAAAUGA